GAAGAUAACAGUACAAAUAUAGCAAAUCAAAUUCUACCAGAUAGCGUUUAGACAUAGUCGAUGAGUGUUCGUUUAGGGUAAAGGUAAAAAUGAUCACUCUACUGGCAGUUCUACUUGGGUGCCAUGCAGUCUUUGGAGUCACGGCGCCUCAGCCGCAUCCAAAUUAUCCCCACCACCACCAUGCCAACAGCGGGCCCCACCCUGGACCCCUGCCGCAGCCCCAGCCAGGCCCAGGCCCCAUGAUGAACGGUCCCAUGGCCGGUGGACCCCUGUCUGGAGGUCCCAACCCCUACGCCGCAGCAACCCCGUCUCCCGACGCCAUCGCCGCUGCCUACGCCUCCGCCGAGGCCCUCCCUAGAGUGCCCCACCACAGCCUCUUGUCCGGCCCCAACAACGGACCCAACCCUGGACCGAGAUCUGAGCCUGUGCCUUUCCCCUACUCGAACCCAGAGGCAUUCCCCUUCCCACAUCCUGAGGCCAUCCCCUACCCGAACCCCGAAGCUGUCCCCGCCCCGCGCCCUGACCCGUAUGCCCUGCCAUACCCUAUGCCCUUCCCCGUCAGCUACCCACAGCCUAAGCCUGAGGCUUUCGCUCAACCAAUGCCUUCACCUUACGCUCAGCCACAGCCCUCUGCCCAGCCUCAACCUCAACCUCAGCCAAACCAACAGCAGCAACAACAACCUCAGCCACAGGCCAUGCCCUCAGCUUAUCCUCAACCACAACCUUGGGCUGAUCCCAACGCUUACGCAGCACCUCAGCCAGCUCCCCAGCCUGCUGCUCAGCCUAACCCGUACGCGUGGGCCGAACCGUACCCUGCCGCACAACCUGCUGCCUACCCGUCCGCUCAGCCUUGGGCCGACCCCAACGCCUACGCCACACCUGCUCCUCAGCCUCAACCACAACCUCAGCCCCAACCCCAGCCUUACCCCCAGCCGUACGCUGACCCUAAUGCUAACAUGUACCAGAGUGGACCUAACCCUAACCAAAACUUCCAGUCAGGACCUGCCCCUAACCAGAACUACCAGUCUGGACCUAACCCCACACAAAACUUCCAGUCUGGACCCAACCCUAACCAGAACUACCAGUCUGGACCCAACCCCACACAGAACUACCAGUCUGGACCCAACCCAACACAAAACUACCAGUCUGGACCCAACCCUAACCAGAACUACCAGUCUGGACCCAACCCCACACAGAACUACCAGUCUGGACCCAACCCUAACCAGAACUACCAAUCUGGCCCUAACCCCACUCAGAACCAGAACUACCAGUCUGGUCCCAACCCAAGUCAAAACUACCAAUCAGGCCCCAACCCAUCUCAGAGCUACCAGUCAGGCCCCAACCCAUCUCAGAGCUACCAGUCCGGACCUAACCCAAGCCAAAACCACCAGUCUGGACCCAACCCAUCCCAAAACUUCCAGUCUGGACCCAACCCUAGCCAGAACUACCAGUCUGGACCCAACCCUAGCCAGAACUACCAGUCUGGUCCUAACCCCAACCAAAACUACCAGUCAGGCCCUAACCCAACCCAGAACUACCAGUCUGGACCCAACCCUAGCCAGAACUUCCAAUCUGGACCCAACCCCACCCAGAACUACCAGUCAGGCCCCAACCCUGGACCUCGCCCGUCCGCUGACGCUAAACCUUCACCGUUCCCCGACCCAGAAGCCUUUGCCAGAGGACCACAACCUGGUCCUAGACCUGCUGCUGAGCCCAAGCCUGUGUCUUCUCCUUUCCCUGAUCCUGAUGCAUUCAUCAGAGGACCCCAGCCCGGCCCACAGCCCCAACCAGAGGCCCAGCCCAAGCCACAGCCCAGCGCUCAGCCACAGCCCAAACCCCAGCCCAACGCUCAGCCACAGCCAAAAGCCAAAGCUGAUCCCUUCUACCGCUAAGUAAUCCUUUGACUUUAGAUGUAUCUAGUAGAUUAUUUAAAUAUAGAACUUUUGUUACUUAUUAUUUUUA